AUGGCAUCAACCACAAAUCCAUCCCUCCACUUCCUCUUCCUCCUCUCCGACUCGGCCUUACCACUGGGUUCCUUUGCCUUUUCCUCCGGUCUAGAAUCCUACCUCGCACACCACAAACCUCCUUUCUCCUCUGCAUCAACCACUCCACCUUUGGAUUUCCACUUCUUCUUACACUGCAGUGUACGGAAUUUAGCGAGCACAUCAUUGCCUUAUGUGCUUGCUGCUUACUCCAAGCCCGAGGAGUUGGAGACACUGGAUAAUGACUUUGAUGCGAGCACGAGUUGUACUGUUGGAAGGAGAGCUAGUGUCGCGCAGGGAAAAGCUUUGUUGAGUCUUUGGGAAAGGGCAUUUAGUGCGAGUUGCGUCAAGGAUGCAGCGACGGAAGCAGCGAUUGAGGCUAUAACGCAAUUUGCUGCGUCUUUCAAAGUCUCAAAACCAGAUCAGUGGGGGCUAAAGCUGAAUGCACAUUUUGCACCUCUGUUUGGUGUGUUGUGCAGAGCGUUGGGGCUGGGAGAAGAAGAGGCAGCAUAUCUGUUUCUCUGUAAUCAUGCCAAGAGUGUGCUGUCAGCGGCAGUGAGAGCGGGUGUUAUGGGUCCGUAUCUCAGUCAUGGUGUGCUUGCUUCUGAGAAGUUGCAGAUUGUCAUCAGGGAGUGCGUGAUGGGAGAGAAAGGGACAAAGGUCGAGGAUGCUGGAUUAAGUGUUCCGGUCAUGGAUUUGUGGGUAGGCCGGCAUGAGUUGUUGUAUUCAAGGAUCUUCAAUUCGUAG